GAACGUUGAAUCUGAGGGCCCUCUGAUGGCGUCACAAACCCGCGCCUGAUCCUGGCUACGGCCGAAGCGGCGAAGGCGGCAGCGGCGGCGACAGCUCUGGGGUUCGCGUCUCGGGGUGUGUCGGCCGCCGCUGCUGCUCAGGCCUGGAAUGUACAGAUGGCUGACUAAGGUUCUCGGCACCAUUCUUCGCUUGUGUGAGCGGCCCGCGCCCGGGGCCCGCGCCCUGCUCAAGAGGCGGCGCUCCAGCAGCUCUCUGUUUUCUACUGCAGUGGACACUGAUGAAAUCCCAGCUAAAAGACCAAGACUAGAUUGCUUCAUUCACCAAGUGAAGAACAGUCUCUACAAUGCGGCCAGCUUAUUUGGAUUCCCAUUCCAGCUGACCAGCAAACCCAUGGUGUCUUCUGCUUGUAAUGGAACACGGAAUGUGGCCCCUUCAGGAGAGGUAUUCUCGAACUCUCCCUCUUGUGAACUGACGAGUUCUGGAUCCUGCAGCAGUAUGCUGAAGCUGGGUAAUAAAUCUCCUAAUGGAAUAAGUGACUAUCCAAAGAUCAGAGUGACAGUGGCCCGAGAUCAGCCACGGAGAGUCCUGCCUUCCUUUGGUUUUACAUUGAAAUCAGAAGGCUAUAAUAGAAGACCAAGUGGCCGUCGCCAUAGCAAAAGCAAUCCAGAGAGUUCCUUAUCGUGGAAACCUCAGGAGCAAGGUGUAACAGAGAUGAUUUCUGAAGAGGGUGGCAAGGGUGCGAGGCGUCCCCAUUGCACCGUGGAGGAGGGUGUCCAAAAGGAUGAAAGAGAAAAAUACCUAAAGUUAUUGGAGCGUCUUAAAGAGGGUGCUCACGGAAGCACUUUUCCUCCUGCAGUUUCACAUCAUAGUUCUCAGAGAACGCAGAUGGACACAUUAAAGACCAAAGGCUGGACGGAAGAACAGAAUCAUGGAGUCAGAACAACCCAUUUGGUUCCCAAACAGUAUAGAGUUGUUGAAACAAGAGGACCUCUCUGUUCAGUGAGAAGUGAAAAGAGGUAUUCAAAAGGAAAAGCUGACACAGAGAAGGUGGUGGGACUCCGAUUUGAAAAGGACGGUACAAGAGGACACCAGUUGGAGCCUGAUCUGUCAGAAGAAGUGUCUGCCCGGCUUCGCCUGGGAAGUGGAAGCAAUGGCCUACUCAGAAGGAAAAUAUCAGGGCUUGAGGCAAAGGAAAAGAACUUCCCAAGCAAAGAGAAGGACAGAAGAACAGAAGAUCUCUUUGAACUUACAGAGGACAUGGAAAAGGAAAUCAGUAAUGCCCUGGGCCAUGGUCCUCCAGAUGAGAUUUUGAGCAGCGCUUUCAAGUUACGAAUCACCCGUGGAGAUAUCCAGACCUUAAAGAACUAUCACUGGCUCAAUGAUGAGGUCAUUAAUUUUUAUAUGAAUCUUUUAGUGGAGAGGAGUAAAAAGCAAGGCUAUCCAGCACUUCAUGCACUCAGUACAUUCUUCUAUCCUAAGUUAAAGUCUGGAGGUUACCAAGCAGUGAAAAGAUGGACCAAAGGGGUGAAUCUCUUCGAUCAAGAACUUGUUCUGGUUCCUAUUCAUCGGAAGGUACAUUGGAGCCUGGUGGUGAUGGACCUAAGAAAAAAGUGUCUUAAAUAUCUGGAUUCUAUGGGACAAAAAGGCCACAGGAUCUGUGAGAUUCUUCUUCAGUAUUUACAGGACGAAAGCAAGACCAAAAGAAAUACAGAUCUCAAUCUCUUAGAGUGGACCCACUACAGCAUGAAGCCACAUGAGAUUCCUCAACAGUUGAAUGGGAGCGAUUGUGGAAUGUUUACUUGUAAAUACGCAGAUUAUAUUUCUAGGGACAAACCUAUCACAUUCACUCAGCACCAGAUGCCUCUCUUCCGGAAGAAGAUGGUGUGGGAAAUCCUUCACCAGCAGUUGCUGUGACAAUGCCCCACCUGGUCUUCUAGUUGCUGGUGGUUCUUUCAUGGAUGUUUCCAUAUACCUCAUGCAUUGUGGGUUGAAAAGUCCCCAUCAUUUCUCUUCUCUCACAGGUACUGAGCUCUCCAGAGUGCAUGGAGGCCUCUCCACAGUGGCCCUGACUAGAGGUGUGGAGGGGCUGCUUGCAGCCCUGUUUGUAAGGCUGUGCCUGCUCAGAGCCCUGGACUGUUCGCCCCAUACAAGGACAAAUACUAAUUAAUGUUUUGUUUUAAGGCGUUAUUUCCAUAUGAAUGUGGGAAAUGCAGGAUUUGUUAUAUGAAUUGUUCUCUGUGUGUUCACACAUAUUCACUCACUCAUUUGCAAACACUGGGCAGUGCCCUUUCCCACUGCUCUUUUAUAAUUAGCUAUAAAUAAUUUGUUUGGACUAUUUAUUUCUGAAAAGAAUGUUAAUCAAACUGCCGCUCCCUGCUGCAGAGAGAUGUCCGCAGGGGGAGGAGGGAGGUGUUCGCCAGCUUCUCUAGUGCCGGGAACUGAACGCACAGUUAAGGUUCUCGUUUAAGGCUUGGAAAUGCCAGAAGAAAUGAUGAUGCUCUGUUGUAGGGGUCUGGCUGCCUUUAGAGAGUCUGAUGCUAUGACACGGGCACAGUUCAUGGAAAGUGGCCAAGGAACGUGGUCCGUGAGUCCUCACAGCAGGGCGCACUCAUCUUCAAGACUUUCUUUUCUAGAACUGAAGUAGCUUGGCUUCCUCAUGAAACUGGAUUCAAAGUAACUGUGACCAUAAAUGUCAAACCCUAGGUGUGGUGAGCCUGCGCUCACAGUGGUAAGGGCUGGCCUGAGCUGUAUUUCAGGAGAUGCUCCUCAAUUUAAGCCUAUUUUUCCUCAGAGUUUUUUUAAAUAUAUAUAUAUAUAUAUAUAUAUAUGAAGCUGAAUUAAGUCUGGCUCAGCAGCAUGCCCUACUCCAGCCCCACUGAGCCUUCGCAGAGAUUCGUGCUCGGCUCUGAGGUUGCCGGGUUUACAGUCAUCUAUUUUGCAUAUGAAAGUUUGUAUUUAACUCUUUUGUUCAUUAAAAAUCUUACAGAUGUGGUUAUGCAUUUUUAAUUUCAGAAAGUUGGUCAGAGCAUAUUUUGCAAGAUCUAGUGCCUAGUGUUGCUUUUAUGAUGUAAUAAAAGACUGUCUGGCAGAACCUAGCAGUAUGUUGAUAAUUUUUCCUCUUUUCUCUGCUUCAACCUUCCAAACUUGUUCUGGUUAAAAAAAUAAAAAUUAGAACAGCUGCUCACAUGUUAGAUACAAAUGGACACAUCUGCUCUCUCUCUCGGAAAGUCCGGGCAGCUGAUCAGAGGUGGUAGCUGUUGAAACCUGUUUUAACCUGUUUUCCGUGAGACUUGAAGUGGCCUUGGUCAUGGUAGCUGGGCUGUGAUAUUGACCGAAGUGGCUGAGCCUACCACCCAGACCAGGUUAGCCAGACAUUCAGAGGAAACCAUGCUGUCUCCUCCAAGCAGACUACACGGGGACCCCUUCCUUUAGCCUAGACCCCCUAGGAACUGUGCCACUGAUGCUGCCCAGAUCAGGCAGCUGGUCUAGCCAGAGAGCCCAGAAGUUGACCGUGUCUACACUACUGAAAACUGGGUGCUAGAAUUCUGCCUGAGAAUUUCUGACCCAGGCCUAUGGAAAGGCAGUGUGACCUGAGUGCGACUCCCCAGGACCACACUGGAAGGUGAAAACGACUCCCUAGACUGUCCUCAGACUCCGUACUUGCACACACCAACAGAUGGACCAAAAGAGUAAUAAGCAAGUGCACGUUAAAGGAAUUUUAAGGGCCUUGGAUAGGUUUGUUUCUGUUGGCUCAGUCCUGCUUAGAUGGCCCAGGUGAGAUUCUGUAGCUAAUGUGGCGGCUGAUGGAUAUCCUCAAGCUCGCCCUGUGUGUGCUCUUGACAGGUGUUCUUAAGCUUCAGAAAGGAAGAUGGAGAGAUGGUUCAGUGGUGAGGCCAGAAUUGACUUUAGUCUCAGCCCAGCACAUCCAUAGCAAACAAGCUGGGCUCCUGCUCACAACGAUAGUCCCAGUUCCCAGCGAAGAGAGGCAGGGUGAUUAGACCCUUCCUCAGGAUCAGGAAGAGUGACAGGACAACCUCGCCUUCCUCGGCCUUCUCAUGCGCUCAUCCGCUUCAGGUGCAUACGCCGCGCUCCUGUAGAUAUACGGCGACUUUUACAGAACACGGUAAAAUACGCACGUAGAGAACGUUAAACUACGACGCACUGCUUUACCUCAGUUUGUGACUCCAAGCUCAGAUGCCAGAAGCCAUGGCUCUCAAGGCCCUGAUGUCUCUCUUUGUACAAACAAGUGUGUAGGUAACAGAAUUGUCACAUUCAGCUUAUGAGAAGAAUAAAAUAAGUGAUAAACAGCUCUUGGUGUAACUAGUGAGUCAGCAAAAUUAAAGCAAGUAACGUUUUUUGUGGAAUUUCAACUUUGGAACCUGAAAGAAAUGUUGCAUUGUUCUGUUUAGCCCAUAGUCUCUCUAAAAAUGAGUAAAAAUUUAAGAAACACA